AUGGACGUCAGACCCGUUCGGACGAGUCUGAACCGGUCCGAACCCAUCAUUAGAGUUGCAGGUUCGAAGGAUACUCACUGUCGACACAUCAGUAAGUUUGCCGGUAAAAUCAUCACCGGCACAAUCCUCACCGGCGCCAUCAUCACCGACACGAUUGAUCGGAAUAGACAUUGCAUCACCAACACGAUUGAUCGAAAUGAAUAUUCACAUCUCAUUCUGGCCUUGCGCAGAACAUCAGCCAAGAAUAAAAGGGUGGGGUAUAUGCAAGUUAAUGCUAAUGGCAUUUUGAAGGAUGCAUCCGAAAUCGAAUGGUAUCAUGAUCCUGACAACGACAUGCCCAUCUCGCCCCAUCCUGAAUCCUCAUCUAAGGCUUUGCCCCCUGGCCCUCAUACCCUGGACUCUUUCGUAGGCUCUCACCGAAUGCCUGCAACAGUUGUUGCUGGUUCUCGUCGCUCUGGCCGGCCUAUCAAGCCUUCCGCAAAGGUGCGAGAAGCAGCAAGCAGUGCCAUUCCUGCCAAACGUUCAGGUACUACCACCAUGCCCCCUGCCACCAAGCGCCCACUUGUCUCUGCAACCAGCUCUUCUACAAUUGGCGACAAUGAUGGCGGCGGUGACGACGACGAUGGUGACAAGGAUGAGUCAUUUGUUGCGGACUCAGGUGACAAAGAAGCCAAGGAAGCUGAAGCUGAAGCUGAAGAAGCUUACCAGCAAAUUAAAGCAUUUGGAGAUGCCGACCGAGAUGUUCGCAAAAGUCUAAAGAAAGACAAGUGGACGGCAGAUCUCCGGUUGAUCUUCACCGAGGAAAAAGGCCACAAGAACACACACACCAGUGAAAGUGAGGAUGGAUGGUGGUGUAAUGUUUGCAAGUAUGUUUUGCUCCCCAUCUUCAAGCGUCUUUUUACUAACUUGCCUUCCGUCUCAUAG